AUGAGACCAGAGUCGAAGAAGCCUGUGAGUGCAGAGGCUGAAACUAGUAAGGGGUACAAACCUGUGGUUCCCUAUCCUAAAAGAUUGACAGCUAGCCAAAAGAACAAAUAUCACACUGAGAUUCAAGAGAUCUUCAAGCAAAUAAAGAUUAAUAUUCCACUCAUUAAUAUUCUACUCUUGGAUGCUAUACAACAAGUUCUUUCUUAUGCAAAAUUUCUGAAUGACUUGUGCACGAUGAAGAGGAAACUAAAUGUAAAGAAGAAAGCUUUCCUAACAGAGCAAGUCAGUGCAUUGAUAUUGAGUGAAACUCCUCAGAAGUUCAGAGAUCUCGGCUCUCCUAACAUUUCCAUUAUGAUCGUCUUAAGAAAGCAUCGAGGCGCAAUUGGUUGGACAAUAGCCGAUAUCAAAGACAAUGCUAGACCUGUUUAUGAUGCUCAAUAUAGGCUCAAUCCUACCAUGAAGGAAGUUGUCAAAGAUGAAGUGCUCAAGCUGGUCGCAGUGGGUAUCAUUUAUCCUAUCUCAGACAGUAAGUGGCAUCGAGCUAUUUGGGUUAUAAAACAUGUUAACAUGUCACUUGAUGAAGUUUCAAGGUUGAGAAAAUUGCAGAUCAAUGAAUUGGAUGAAGCUUGUCGAGAUGUCUAUGACAACACUCAGCUAGCGAAGGAACGCCUGAAAAUUCUACAUGAUCAGAAAAUUCAUCCCAAGCAUUUCACACUUGGCCAGGAAGUUCUUCUUUACAACUCUUGUUUACAUAUUUUUCCUGGCAAAUUGAAAUCUUGUUGGAGUGGCCUCUAUGUUAUAACUAAAAUUCAUUCUCAUGGGGCGGUAGAAGUUCAGAAUCCUAUGAGUGGUACCUCUUUCACUAUCAAUGGAUAA